UGGGGUGGAAUUUUUCACUCUUGCCUGUGGGAUUCCAUUUCCCAGGCUACAACCCCAAUAACCGCUAAAUUCCAGGGGGGAAAAUAAUCUGCCCCAAUUAUUUUCCUAUGGUCUUAUCAUCUUGGAAGUUUUGUUUUUUGUAGCUAGCUAGCCUUCAUCGGAGGAGGAGGAGGAAGAGGAAGAACAAGCAUGAGUAAGAAAAGAGUAGAGCUAGUCUUCGUUCCAAUUCCGUUUGUAGGUCACAUCGUCUCAACAAUUGAGCUGGCCAAGCACCUCAUGGCGCGAGAACCUUGCAUCUCUGUUACCAUUUUCAUCAUUAAGUAUCCUACCAGCGUAGACGUCAAUGCUCGCAUCCAAUCUCUCUCUGCUUCAAUCGCCGGAAUCCGCUUCAUCGAACUGCCUCACCUCGAACUACCUUCACCCGACAGGGCUCAGAGCCCAGAAGCCAUGCUCUCCAUUUUCAUGGAGGACUACAAACCCUUUGUCAAGACGACAGUCACCCAACUCUUCUUCACUCCCGAAUCAUCCGACUCCAAACCAGGUCGACUAGCCGGAUUAUUCAUCGACAUGUUCUGCACCCCCAUGAUCGACGUAGCCACCGAACUCGGGAUCCCUUCUUACAUCUUUUUCGCAUCUACUGCUUGUUUGCUGGGUCUCUUACUCCACCUCCCUGCGCUUGACGCCGGCAUUCACUCCGAUUUCAAGGACUCGGAGACUGACUUCAUGAUCCCAAGUUUAACCAACUCAGUUCCCUUCCAAGUCUUGCCCGAAUCUUUGUGGCACAAAAACCACGACGGGUUUACCUGGUCCGUCUACCACGGCCGAAGGCUCAGGGAAGCGAAGGGGAUUAUCAUAAACACAUUUGCUGAGCUUGAACCCUACGCGGUUCACUCGUUGCCCUUAGAUGGUUCAAACCCACCGGUGUACCCGGUUGGGCCGUUGCUCGAUCAUCAGGGUCUCAUCCACAUGGAAUCCGAACGGACCCAAUUCCGGAGCACAAAGAGAUGGCUUGAUGAUCAGCCCACGGCAUCGGUGGUGUUCCUUUGCUUCGGCAGCAUGGGAAGCUUCAAUCCACCGCAGGUGAAGGAGAUAGCGGUUGGGCUUGAGAGGAGCUUCCACCGGUUCCUAUGGUCAUUGUGCCAGCCACAUCAUUCAGGUCAAAAUUGUCGAAAAAAAUACACGAAUCUCGAGGAGCUGUUGCCAGAGGGAUUCUUAGAUCGGACGACGAAGAGAGGGUUUGUAUGUGGAUGGGUCCCACAGGUAGAUGUGCUGGGUCACCAUGCAAUAGGUGGAUUCGUGUCUCAUUGCGGAUGGAAUUCCAUAUUGGAGAGCUUGUGGUACGGUGUGCCGAUCGCAGCUUGGCCACUGUAUGCGGAGCAGCAUCUGAAUGCGUUCGAGAUGGCAAAGGAGUUGAGAGGACUGGUGGUGGAGCUGAGAUUGGAUGAUUUGGUGAUGGCGGAAGAGGUGGAGAGAGCGGUUAGGUGUUUGAUGGAUUCCGACUGUGAGGUGAGGAAGAAGGUCAAGGAGUUAAGGGAGAUGAGUAGGCAGGUUCUGAUGGACGGUGGAUCAUCCUUUACUUCUUUGGGACGCUUGAUUGAGGAUCUGAUGGAUGAGAGAGCUAAUGAAGUUGUGGUCAAAGUGUGUCCCAAUUUUUCUACUUUAAACACGGAUGGAUGACCUCUUGUAGUUGUGUGGUUUCAACCAAAUGUGUGAUAUAGGUGCAAUUUUAAUAAAUGUGAAGGAUCUAGAAAUAAUUAUCGCAGAACAUUGUUACUCUGGCU